AUGACAGCCGAGAGCCGGCUGCCGCCGGGUCCCCCGCCGCCGCCCCCGCCGCUGAAGGCGGACGCGGUGCCGCCGGGAGAGGAGGCGGCGGCGGCGGCGGCGGCGGGGGCGCGGGGCGGACGGCGGCGCCGCAAGCGUCCGGCGGAGCGGGGCAAGCCGCCGUACAGCUACAUCGCCCUCAUCGCCAUGGCCAUCGGGCAGGCGCCCGAGCGGCGACUGACGCUUGGGGGCAUCUACCGCUUCAUUACCGAGCGCUUCCCCUUCUACCGCGACAGUCCCCGCAAGUGGCAGAACAGCAUCCGCCACAACCUCACCCUCAAUGACUGCUUUGUCAAGGUGCCACGGGAGCCCGGCCGCCCCGGCAAGGGCAACUACUGGACGCUGGACCCCCACGCCCGCGACAUGUUCGAGAGCGGGUCCUUCCUCCGCCGCAGAAAACGUUUCAAGCGCAGCGACCUCUCCACCUACCCGGCCUUCCUCGCCGAGCGCCCCGCCGCUCCCUGCCACCUCCUCCCGCUGCCCGCCCCGCCGCCCCCCGCCGACCUGCCCCCGGCACCCGCCGCCGCCUCCUGCGCCUUCGCCACCGCCUUCCCCGGGCAGGGCUGCUCCUCCGUCGCCCUGCCCCACGCCUACGCCCCUCUGCCCACUGCUCCCGGGCCCUACGCGCCCGGGGGCCACGGGCCGCUGUACGCGCCGUCGGGGCGCAUCGUGCUGCCCGCUUCUUCGCCCGGCCCCCCUGGCAUACCCGCGCCCUACCCGCCGCUGCCCCACGCCUACGGCGCCGGAGGGCAGCUGAGUGCCGCCGAGCCCGCACCGCGGCACGGCACCUACCCUGGAGGCCCCGACAGGUUCGUCCCGGCGCUCUGA